CUUCCUCAAUCGGCCCCUCUUGCCACGCAACCACGACGUUGCGCUGAGCAAGAGCAGGGAAAUGCGCGCCAUGUCCAGCAGCAACGACGACGGCGACGACGACAACGCAUCACUGCGAGCCGCGCUGGCUUCCAUCCAGCACGCAUCCCAGCAACUCUCCUCCUCCGAUGCCCAGCUCCGCCACGCCGGUGAGCAGGCACUCCUCGCCUUGAGGGACGCCGCUGCGAAUGAGCACGAGCACGAGCACGAGCACGAGCACACACUGCGGUUGGCCUGCUACGCUCUGCAGCAUCAUCCCCUCGAUGGCGACCCGUACGUGCUGUUCGAAUGCCUCAACCUCAUUCUCCUCGCCCUUCCCAGUCUGCACAUUGGCGUCGACGUCGACGUCGACGUCGACGAUGAGCGCACAGCAAACGGUCUCGAUCGCACACUCGACUUGCUACUCCGCUCUGCCCUCCAUCGAUCCGAGACGGCGGCCACAGCAUCGCCCUCCUCACCGCUUGCCACCUCGGCAUGGCCAGCAUACGUGCGGGGUAGGUGUUACCAGAGCAUUGCUGCUGUCCUCAAGAAGAGCCUGGCGCUGCACAUCAACGCUGCCUUGCGAGCAGCUCCGGGAGAUGCGUCUCGUGCCCAUCGGAGCGCUGCUCAUGUCCUAUCAGGUCCAAGCAAUGCCCUCUACGCCUUGCUCGCCGCGCAGCCCACCGACGCGCAAGAGGCCGUUGCCAUCAAGGCGCGAUCGGCCACCGCGCUAGGCAUCGCUGCAGCGCUGGUGGACGAGCUGGGUCUGACAGCGCGACUUGAAGCGGCAGAGGCUUCGAGACGCACCGCAGUGUCCGCUGCACCCUCUCGACGAGGUAGGCGAAGCAAGAAGCGCUCAGAGGAUGAUGCUAGUAAGCACUCGGCGGCGGAAGCGGGAACUGCGCUGGGUCUGACGGCAGAGCAGCACCUGUGGUGCAAGAGCGCUUUCCAGAUGCACGUCCUGCCCCAGCUCGCAAACCUUGCUCUGCAAUCAUUGUACGCGACGCUGCCUUCUCAGCCGCUGCAUUCUAGCACAUUAGGGGACCCUGCUGCAACCCUCGUCGCCCGAAUCGUGGAAUGGAGAUUCUUGCUGCGGGAUACCAUAAGCGAGUCGGUCUCGAGAGGCAGCCUGGCCGAUGAUGCAGCGCACGAAGACGGCGCAUUCGAAGAAGAAAGUGCGACUCGAGCAGUACCUGCCUCCUUUCACCACAUCCUCUUGACACCGGACAUCGUGCACCUUCUAGCAGCAGCGUAUCGUCAGGCUCUGGCCAAGCAAGACUCUAGCGAGCAGUCCAUUCACCGUCUACGCUGUUGCAUCAUCGAUGCGAUCAGUCUUGCGCCCGUCGAAAGCGCAGAUCAAGACGAGACUCGCGUCGCGCGGCACGUGGCGCUGCUGACGAAUUUGCAGGCUCUAGCUCGCGAAGAAUGCUCCUCGAACGCAGCGAGGAGCACCGCCAGCAGAGCAACUGCGACGCUCUUCAUGACAACCGCUUUCGAGUCCCUUUUUGCGACAUUGUCCGUCCAGUCGCUCGGCGAGGCUUGUGGAAUCACCUCGGCAGACGCAGGGAGCUUGCCUGCGCUAUUGGACACCCUCGCCACGCUCACGUCGACGGUCCUCCACCGCGCUUUCAGCGAACUCGUCGAUGAGGAUGAAGAGAUCGUGUACGACCAGGCGAUCGAUGCUCUGCUACGAAUGUGGAACACAUCCGUCUCACUGAGCGCAGACGCAAAUCAUACCCUGCGCACCGCGUUUCGCGGCAUCAUCAUCCAAAACGUCGUGCCCGCAUAUAUUGACGGGCGGAUGCACUCGGCUCGCGCUGCAAUCCUGAGCCAGCGCGAGGACGAGCCGUCGGAACACGGUGAAGAGCGCGCAUCUGACGCAGAGAUGUACGAAGCGCAACUUAUGAGCCUUGCUGCACUCGCUCGGCUCGACGUUGGGAGAGCGUGCCAACAACUGCUCCAGCACGCUCAGCCUGUUUGUCAACAGCUCGGCGGGAUAGCGUCUGGCGAAUUCGAGCCAACAGACGCAGCGAGCUGGGCCCAGAUGGAGGCUGCGUGGGAAGCUUGCCACUGGCUCGCCUUGAUCGCUGGCCACGUUCUGGCGGACGAUCAUCAAGGCGAGACGGCGAGCCUGCCCGAGGCCAUUUCUGAAACCGAACUCGGGAAUGAGGAUCUCUUCACUCUUCUCGUACAAUUGGGAGUCAGCUUACCACAUGAUCUACUAUCAGCAGCGCCCGAACGCCAAUGCUCGGCGCAGCUAAUCCAGACGUUAUUGUGGUUCAAUGCUCGCUGGACGAGCGCAUACUUGCUCACCGAGCCACCUGGGAUCCUACAUCAUUUCAGCGGCCAGCACGGCGCUUCCACCCUCGCCAUCAUGCUGCGCGACAUGACAAAGGCCUUGGAUCGCUUCCGCUCCGAUGCAAGCGUCGUUUUGCAAGUGGCGAGCUUUCUGGCGGCCCUUGCCCGAUCAGAAAGACUUGGCAAGGCUGCUUUGCAGACCACAGAACUCGAUGAGCUUAUUCUCGGCGUGCCCAGUCUCUUGCACAGCCUCCCUGAAGACACACAAGGCGAGCUGGUCCACGGCAUUACGACUUGCAUAUUUGCGGCUGCUAGGUCCAACCCAACGAAAGCGGAAGAGCUCUUUGAACGUUUCACAUUUGCUGUGAAUUCGCGCUUUCAAUCGACCCUGACGAGCAGCACUUUCGCAUCGACGGCGCAGCGAGCCGACAUCAUCAUCACCGUGCAGACACUGCUGGACGUGCUCACAGGCUUUAGCUCCAGCAUCACGCCGACAAGCUCCACUCCGAUCUUCAACUAUGUUGCGCCUUACUUUGAACCUCUUGUGGGCCUCGUUGAAAUUUACAAGGAUCGACCAGAGGUUUGCACUGCCGUCAUUGCCUUCUUUGCCACGCUCGCUGAUCUCAUCGACUUUGAUCCGGUCUUUGGCGAUCCCCAAGUAUCGUCGACCUUGACCAACAUCAUCUUCACCUUGGUGCAGGCGAUUUCGACUUUUCCGCGUGCUGUGCUUCCCAGCCUCGUGCAUGGCGAAGAUGACGCGUUAGAGGGCUUGGCUUUAGCGCUGGAAAUGCUGACUUGUCUGGUCGAAAAUGGCGAGGGGAACUCGCAACUCGCCUCGCAUCUCGACCCCGCUUCUCCCAUCGAUGUUGCCCUUUUCGGUUUUGGGACGCUUGCUCAUGCCGUCUUGUCUCAUGCCAGCGCCCUCGAGAUGCCGACUAUCCGGCAUCGCCUGCUCGACCUGUCGAAUUCGCUUCUCCAACGAGCCAGCGGGCGAAUAGCCAGCCUGACCAUGCUCGCUUCGCACGUCGACACUGCAAGUGUCAGCAACACCGCAUCUUUUGCAGCUCGACUUGCUGCGUGCGUAGGCAAGACGAUUGAGCUUGCUGUCGUGGAUGACGACGCAGACGUUGCGCUGUCCACCCUUGAGGGGGCUUCCAUCCUUGCGCGCGCCACCGUCGACGUGUCUGCGCCGGCUCGAGGUGCGUGUAAUGUGACGGAGCUGCUAAACAAACCCACUGCUAACGCUUGCCGCACUCGUGACCUACAGACGCGAGCCAACUGCAGCUACUGGUAGAGCUUCUCGCGCACCUCCUCCAAAUGCUUUCCACCUCGCUCCUCAUCGAGAGCAUGGAUCGUGCCACCUUUGACGCGAAUUUGCUGGCUUUCCAAAGUGUUGUCC